UAAUAUGAGUGACCAAGAAAUGAACAGUAAUCUAGUUGGAGCAGUUGAGAAACAUGAAGCACUGUACAAUUACAAACUCCCAGAUUAUUCACGGAAAGAUGAAACGGAGAAAGCAUGGAAAGAAGUGGCAGCUGAAGUAAAUAUGCCAGUGCAAGAUUGCAAAGAAAAGUGGAGAAAUCUAUGAACCGUAUUUAUGAGAAGAAUAAAACCUUCCCCUAGUGGUUCUGGGGGGAAGAAAAAGGCAUACUAUUUAGAAAAUGCCAUGCAGUUUUGUCUGCCAUUCAUCAAAACAGUAACUCCCCCCUCUCCGGGAAACUUGCCUCCACAACCCAGCAAUAUCCAGUCUACAGUUCAUGAAAUUGAAGGUUCUGAAACCCAAAUUGAUGACCCCAUUCAGUUGGAAAUCAAUCCUACAGACGAAGGCCACUUUUCCCAGAAAUGUCUCCCUCAAUUUUAAAGGAUUCCCAACAGGCAGUGGAAAUGCAAUCCACAAGUUCAACAUCA